AGCGGUAAUGUUUUCAUCUGAUCUGUCGAUCUGAUAUUUUUAGAUCUUUCCUACGAUCCUUUUAUUUUUUUAACUUUCUUACACCAUAUCAACAGAUAGCCAUUGGUCCCGAUGAGAGCAAUUAUCCAGCGUGUUACACAGGCAAGUGUUUCCGUUGAUGGUGAAGUAAUCAGCAGCAUUGGUAAAGGACUUUGUGUUUUACUGGGAAUUUCAAAACAUGACACUCCUAAGGACAUUGAAUAUAUGGUGCGAAAAAUCUUAAACUUAAGAGUGUUUGAUGAUGAUGGACAACGAUGGAAGAAGUCUGUUGUGGAUAAAAAUCUUGAAGUAUUGUGUGUGAGCCAGUUCACACUACAAGCGGUUCUUAAAGGUAAUAAGCCAGACUAUCAUCUUGCUAUGGGAGGUGAACAAAGUGAGGCUUUUUAUCAAGACUUUCUGAACCAUAUGAGGACAGUGUACAGAACUGAUGCAAUUAAAGAUGGGAAAUUUGGAGCAUACAUGCAGGUUCACAUUCAAAAUGAUGGUCCUGUGACGAUAUCACUAGAAUCACCACCGCCAAAACCGGCUCAGGAAAAACAGGUAAUUGACCUAACCUAACAUUUAUUCACCACAACGAAUUUUUUCUGAAGAUGAAGUACGAAAACAAAAUCAAUAAUCGUGAACUCCCUUAUGCCAUUUUCCCGCGCUGUCUGAAACGUUAUACCCGUCGUUAUAAAUUUUUGUAUGCUGGUCAAAUAAUUGAAAAUUAUUAAGAAGCGAGGUUGACUAACGAUAGAGAUGAUUGGAUUGGAUUAUAAGAUGGGUCACUGAUAAACUUUAAAACGCGAGGCUUUGUUUUCAAGUUUGGUUCAAAUUUCUUUGAAAAUUGGCAAAGUUUUGUUACGAAUCGAAAUUUCUCAACAUCAAACGUUACGUAUACUUCUUUUGUGUGGAAACUUUCCUGCUCAAGAGACCACUGAAAAACGUUAUCCCUUGUUGAAAGAUUUUUUACAUGGGAAGGGAAAAAAAUUCAGGAGAACCUUAACUCAGGUGUUCCUAAUAUUUUGUGAGAACUACAACCAGCUUUAAAGGCUAACGGACCAUGUGUUGUGAAAUUAAGUCCACUAAGUUUUGCGCUUGUAUUUAGUUUUCUUAGGCUUGGGUUCGAUACUAAUCUACUUUCAGAACUUUUUUCUCCGAUCUUCCAUGCGCACUAAAACGGCAUUUUCGACCACCGAAAAUGGAACCUUCAAAAACGCCCCUUCGAGUAGAUAAAUUUGAAAACGCAAACCAGAUAAUUUUGUUUGGACGGCCAAUACUGAACUAUUGGAAGCAUUGGCGUCACAAAGUCGAAAUGAGCGCAGGCUCAACUAAUGUGCGCAUGCUUUAGUUCAAGUUUAUAACAACAAUAAACUGAUGUUGAUGAGACCCAAGAAGCAAUAUCUCAAAGACAGACACACACACCGGGCCUUGUAACACUUUAUUUCAGAGACACGUAACACCGCGAUCCUUAUGUCACGCUCAUGGGUAAAAUCUCAGCAACUUAGGUAACAUGCUACUAAGGCUCGACCUCAAAGUGCAACUCCAGUAGACAACAAUCGGACUCUUUAGCUGUUACAACAUAUCUUCACUUCCUGAGUAAAGGCCAUUGUUACCUACAUCUGUAAAAGACGGCGUGUCAAUGGUUCCAGUCAUUUCCUUCACGUGUGCACCUCCUGCCCCAUUCCCCCUAGACUGCAAAACAGUCGUUUUCGGACGUUUUCGGAAAGGCGCGAAGCGCCGUAAGCGCGAUCCUCGCGUG